CGUUGCCAACUUCACGGGUGUUCAGUUGUCAGUUGUCCAAAAAAGAAAAAAAAAACGAUUCGUUGGUGCUCGCGGAAAAAUUUUUCCUCAAAUUUUUUUUAUUUUUAAGAAGUACUUGAACCACCCCAUGUGUGCUUAAAUUCAAUUCCAACAAAAUCUACGAAAACACCAUCGAAAAUGUUAAUUAAAGAAUUCCGAGUAACGCUACCGCUAACAGUUGAGGAGUACCAAGUAGCACAGCUGUACUCUGUGGCCGAAGCAUCGAAAAACGAAACUGGCGGUGGCGAAGGAAUUGAAGUAUUAAAAAAUGAACCAUUCGUUGACUAUCCAUUGCUCGGCGGUAAAUAUUCAUCCGGACAGUACACGUACAAGAUAUACCAUUUGGCGUCAAAAGUGCCGGCAUUCAUUCGAUUGUUGGCGCCAAAGGGAUCGUUAGAAAUACACGAAGAGGCUUGGAAUGCUUAUCCAUACUGUCGGACUGUUAUCACGAAUCCGAAAUUUAUGAAAGAGAAAUUUCACAUUGUUAUUGAGUCCUAUCAUAUAGCCGACAGUGGAUUCCAAUCGAAUGUACACGAAUUGCCUCCUGAAAAACUGAAGUCCCGAGAAGUGAUUCACAUUGACAUUGCCAACGAUCCCAUUUCGAGUGCGGAUUACAAGCCGUUAGAAGAUCCAACAAAAUUCAAGUCGGAGAAAACGGGACGAGGACCGUUGAUAGGUAACGAAUGGACGAAAAGCGUGGAUCCUGUGAUGACAUGUUACAAAUUGGUGACAUGCGAAUUUAAAUGGUUCGGCCUACAGUCCAGAAUAGAAAGUUUUAUUCAAAAAUCGGAAAGACGGUUGUUCACCACGUUUCAUCGGCAAGUAUUUUGUUGGAUGGAUCGUUGGUAUGGUUUAACAAUGGAUGACAUUCGGGCUAUCGAAGAGAAAACCAAAGAAGAAUUGGACAAACAGCGUCAAAUUGGCGAGGUUCGUGGUAUGCGUGCUGAAACGGAUUAAGAAGGUAGAUAAAGAGAGAGAGGAUAGAGAUGGAGACAGCCAGAAAGAGAUAGAGAGAGGGAGAGGGAAACAAUGAAUAUAAAUUAUUUAAAGAAAAGGAGAAUUCAAUUUGAAACAGAAUGGCUAUCUAAAUAUAUUUAUUGAUAAAAAAGAACAACAAACCAGCCACCAGAUGGUGCAACACAAUUAAACAAAAAGUAAAAGAAAAUUUAGCAGAAAAAUUAAAAUUAAAAAAAAAAUAAUUAAAUUUAAAGCAAAGCAAACACCCGUCAAACAAACCACUCUAUGUAAAUAAAAAUUAGAUUGAGUUGACCUCAAUGCAGACAGAAUGAAUGGAAAAACUAAUUAAAGUUCAUUUUUAGUGUAACUACUAUCGCGUUUCUUUUCAACAGAACGAAACACGAAAACAAAAAAUUUAAAUUGAAAAAUUAAUAAUUUCAAUGAGAACUAAAUUAACUAAAUUUAAUGAUUAAAAGAAACCUUUUAGUGGGACAAA